AUGUUAACACGGGCGCUGACACCCGCAACAAGGGUUUCCCGCCUGUCUACCACUACCACAGUCACAAGAAGAACUCUGAUACCUCAGCCACCCCCUUCUAUCGUUGCUCCUCGCCCGCUACCCACCCUCCACCGACCAAACUCCGAAGAUGCCCAGUCUAAUAGGUCGUACAUGACCAAGCUUCUCGAUGAGCUUGGUAGUUUGAGGGGCAAAGCUAAAGAAGGAGGUGGUGAAGCAACGUUGAAGAAGUGGAAGGAUCGAGGUCAGGGGAAAUUGGGUGUAAGAGAGCGAAUUACCGCUUUACUUGAUCCGUCAAGUCCAUGUGUUGAGCUUUCCCCUUUGGCGGCGCAUGAAGUAUAUCCAGAUCCAUUACCUGGCGCGGGGCUAGUCACUGGAAUAGGCAUGGUAGCGGGAAGGAAGUGUAUGAUCAUCGCGAACGACCCAACCGUCAAGGGAGGCGCAUAUUACCCUUUGACCGUCAAGAAACAUCUUCGAGCUCAGCAGAUAGCUCUAGAAAACAGACUCCCUUGUGUAUACCUCGUCGAAUCCGGUGGUGCAGCAUUACCGUACCAAUCGGAAGUUUUCCCUGAUCAUGACCACUUUGGAAGGAUAUUCUACAAUAUGGCAAGAAUGUCGGGUCUUGGUAUUCCCCAGAUUAGUGUGGUGCAUGGUAUAAGCGUAGCUGGAGGAGCAUAUAUGCCUGCUAUGUCAGAUGUUGUGAUCAUAGUCAAGAACCAAGGAAGGAUAUUCUUAGCUGGCCCUCCACUGGUGAAAGCUGCUACAGGAGAAGUGGUUGACGAAGAAACUCUAGGUGGAGGAGAUAUGCAUACCUCAGUAUCGGGAGUAGCAGACUACCUAGCCACCUCCGAUUCCCAUGCCCUUUCACUCGCCAGAGAAGCUGUUCAAGAUUUGGGUCCGGCAACGACAUCUUACCUCCGAAACCUGAAGAAUAAACCUAUCAAGGACCCAAUAUAUCCUACUAAAGAGUUAGAUGAGAUCGUACCGUCUGAUCCGAGGCAGGCUUAUGAUCCUAGAGAGAUCAUAGCUAGAUUAGUGGAUGGGAGUGAAUUUAGAGAAUUUAAGAGGGAAUACGGUAAAACUAUCAUCACUGGUUUUGCCGGAAUACACGGUCAUACUGUCGGUAUAAUAGCCAAUGCGGGUGUAUUGUUGUCUCCCUCAGCACUCAAGGCCACUCACUUUAUCGAACUUUGUUCUCAGCGGGGUAUACCUCUGGUAUUUCUGGUGAAUGUCAGUGGAUAUAUGGUAGGAGAGAAGGCUGAAAGAGGUGGAAUAGCCAAGGACGGUGCGAAGAUGGUUAGGGCUGUUGCGAGAGCAAAGGUUGAGAAAUAUACGGUAGUGGUUGGCGGAAGUUAUGGAGCCGGCAAUUAUGGGAUGUGCGGAAGAGCUUAUUCACCUCGAUUCCUAUGGAUGUGGCCCAACUCCAAAAUAUGUGUGAUGGGUCCAGAUCAGUUAUCCACCGUGAUGCAUACAGUACAAGGUAAAAGACAGGAUCAAGGUACAGAUGCAGCAGAGAAGAAAAGACAAGAGUUAAAGGAGAAAAUCGAGAAACAGAGUGAUGUCUUAUUUUCCACUGCAAGGAUUUGGGAUGAUGGAAUUAUCAGACCUAGCGAUACGAGGGAUCUAUUAGGGUUAGGAUUAGAAUUAGCGCAUGAGGAACGUGCUUCCCGAACUGGGAAUAGAGGGAAUGCUCAUGAGAAUAGAGGUGAAAUUGGGGCGGAUGGCGAUUCGGGUGAUUGGGGGGUGUUUAGGAUGUAG